AUGGAAGCAUUUAUUCAUUCUCUAGAUGUCAAAAUGUGGGAAGUUGUAUCUAACAAGUAUGAUGUACCAUCUACUGUACCUACUGAUGCAUAUGAAAAGAUAAAAUAUGAACUGGAUAAGAGAGCUCGCUUUGCAAUUCUAUGUGGGUUAUCAAAAGAAGUAUUUGUUAAAGUAAUGUACUUCAAGUCAGCCAAUGAGGGUCUUGGUGAAGAAAUUGAUGAACAUGAUGUGGUUGUAAAAGUAAUUAGAACAUUAUUACCAAAAUUUGAAACUAAGAUAUCUGCUCUUGAAGAAAAGAAAAAUUUCUCUAAAAUGACUGCGCAUCAGCUUCAAAGUACACUUACUGCUUAUGAAAUGAGAAUUGGUAAUACCCCUUCUACCUCUAAGGAAACAACUUUUAAAAUUGAGAAACAGGAAGAGAGUGAGUUUGAAUUAUCUGAUGUUUUUGAAACUUUACUAGUUAGGAAACUCAGGAAGAAGUUUCAAGGAAAGUUUAAAUGUUUUGGCUGUGGUAAAACUGGACACUUUGCAGCAAAAUGUCCGUAUUUAGAUCUAAGUAAAGAUGAGGAUAAAUUUGAAAAAUCAUUUAAAAAACCUUGGAAUCCUAAUAAAAGGUUGAACAAUUUUAAAAAGAAGAGUCUUAUGUCAAAAGAAGAGACUGAAGAUGAAUCUGAUGAGUCAAAUGAUGAUGGCUGUGAAACACUAUUUAUGACCAAAGUUGAAUUUGAAAAACCAGUUGCAGUAAAAUCUGAACCAGAUUCUGAAGUUGAAAUAGAAGAUGUAAAUCUCGAAGAAGAGCUUCUUUGUGCUCUUCAAGAAGUAAAAAGAUUUCAGAAACUUGUAAUUUCUUAUGAAGAUUCCAAUCAGAUCUUACAACUUGAUAUAGUUAAUGCAAACAAGGUUAUUGAAACUCAAAGAAGUCUUAUUGAAAGAAAAGAACAAGAAAUUAGUACACUACAAAAACAAGUAUACACUCUUGAAAAACAACAAUGUUCUACUGAAAAAGGUGAAACUUCACAUCAGAAUUCUGUAACAACAAACAGAAAUCAGUUUCCGAAUAACAGAUUUUUCCAUGGCUAUUGUCGUUUUUGUAAUCUAUUUGGGCAUAAAGUAAAUACUUGCAGAUUUGCUAGAGUUCCUAUUUUUGGUCAUAAAUAG